CUCGCUCUCUCUCCUUUUCUCUUUCUCUCGUCCUCCUCCUAGUAAAAACCGAAUCAAUCUUGGAAAGAGAAUACCACCUCUCUAUCUCGUCCUCCUCCUCACCCUGCCUCUGGGUUAACGGAUAUAUAUCACUUCACUUCUCUAUAUUUGGUUCCUAGAAAGCUUGAGUCUCUCAAAACGCUUGUUGCUUACCCAUUUUUCAUUUUUACAUUUUUCUUUUCAUUUUUUUCUUUUUUUGGGGCUGUUUUUCCCCUGCUAGCCACUGCUUUUUCUUCCCCCUGUUCUCUUUUUCCUGAGGUGACCAGCUACAGGUGUGACACCUUAGCCUUUCAUUUGAAGUGAGCCAGACAGAGAGGAGGAGGAGAACACGAGGAGAAAGACAUCUUCAGCUCAAAACUUUCCUCCAAAAUUGUCCCAAAUUCAGGUCUUCUGCUCAAAGCAAAGCCUUCGUUACUAACACUCAUCAUCCAAUCCCCCUUACCUUUUCAUCUUUUUACCGCAUCCUCCAGGCAUCAUGUCUACCCCAGUCUCCCCGUCCCCCUCGCUCUCCCCACUGACACUGGCCUCCCCUACAUCUGCAACCUCCCCCGGUGCCUCCCCUCUGCCCUCGCCUCUCUCCCCUCCACCCAGGGUGCCCGUGUUUCAGAGGAAGGGAGCGCUCAAACACAAAAGGAUUGUCGAAGUGAAAGACCACCAGUUUACAGCACGCUUCUUCAAACAGCCCACCUUCUGCAGUCAUUGCACCGACUUCAUAUGGGGCAUUGGGAAACAGGGAUUCCAAUGUCAAGUUUGCAGUUUUGUGGUCCACAAAAGAUGUCACGAGUUUGUGACCUUCACGUGCCCCGGCUCUGUGACCGCCCCCAGACCAGAUGACCUGAAGAGUCGACACACAUUUAAGAUCCACACGUACUCCAGCCCUACAUUUUGUGACCACUGUGGCUCGUUGCUGUAUGGCCUCAUACACCAGGGCAUGAAAUGUACCAGCUGUGACAUGAACGUCCAUCGGCGAUGCGAGACCAGCGUCCCCAGUCUGUGUGGCCAGGAUCACACAGAGAAGAGAGGGAGAAUCCAUCUGACCAUCAGAGGAGAAAAGGAGGACGUCUUUGUCACAGUGCGGGAGGCUCGUAACUUGAUGCCCAUGGACCCAAAUGGCUUGUCAGACCCGUAUGUUAAACUGAAAUUGAUUCCAGACCCAAAGAGCCACAGCAAACAGAAGACUAAGACCAUCCGCUCAACACUCAAUCCCGUCUGGAAUGAGAGCUUCACCUUCUCCGUGCGUGGUCACCAGUGGGACAGGCGUCUGUCUGUGGAGAUAUGGGACUGGGACCGGACGUCUAGGAACGAUUUCAUGGGAGCGCUGUCGUUUGGCGUGAGUGAGAUCUUCAGGCGUCCAAUCAGUGGUUGGUUCAAACUGCUGGCCCAAGAUGAGGGAGAGUACUACAACAUUCCUGUGCCAGACCCGGACCUGCAGGAGCCUCAGCCAGAUGCUACUACACCUUCUUUGCCUCAAGCGAUGCCUUCCCCGCUGUCUGAACCAUUUCCCGUGGCCCUGUCCCCGACCCUCAUUCCCUCCUGUCCCCCUGUCCACACUCCGGGCCCUGGCAAAGUUAAAAUGGGCAUCCACGAUUUCAACUUCCUCAUGGUUCUUGGAAAAGGCAGCUUUGGCAAGGUGCUGCUGGCAGAGGAGCGAGGCAGCGAGCGUCUGUUUGCCAUAAAAGUGCUGAAGAAAGACGUUCUCUUCCAGGACGAGGACACGGAGAGCGCUCUAGUAGAGAGGAGGGUUCUGGCGCUCCUUUCUCGUCCUCACUUCCUCACGUCCCUCUACUGCGCCUUCCAGACUGAGGACCGACUGUAUUACGUGAUGGAAUAUGUCAACGGAGGAGACCUGAUGUUUCACAUUCAGAUAGUUGGGAAGUUCAAAGAGCCUCACGCAGCGUUUUAUGCGGCAGAGAUAGCGGUCGGCCUCUUCUUCCUCCACAGCAAAGGCAUCAUCUACAGGGAUCUAAAGCUGGAUAAUGUGCUGCUCGACAGCGAGGGCCACAUAAAGAUAGCAGACUUUGGGAUGUGCAGGGAGGGCAUGUUCGAGGGCGACACCACACGUACCUUCUGCGGCACUCCUGACUACAUCGCCCCUGAGAUUGUGGCCUAUCAGCCCUAUAAUAAAGCAGUGGACUGGUGGUCUUAUGGAGUGCUGCUGUAUGAAAUGCUGGCAGGACAGCCGCCAUUUGAUGGCAUUGACGAGGAGGAGCUGUUUCAGUCCAUCAUGGAGCAGAGUGUCUCAUACCCAAAAAGUCUCUCUCGGGAGGCUGUAGCUAUCUGCAAGGGACUCCUGACAAAGCACCCGGCCAAGCGCCUGGGUGAAGGAGAAGAUGCAGAGAGGGAGAUCAGAGAGCAUCCGUUCUUCCGCUGGAUUGACUGGGACCGUCUGGAGAGACUGGAAAUCCCGCCACCUUUCAAACCCAGAACUGGUGGGAAAAAAGGUGAGAACUUUGACAAGUUCUUCACAGCUGCUCAAACGGCGCUCACCCCCUCGGACCCGGAUAUACUCGCAGCCAUGAACCAGGAAGACUUCGAAGGCUUCUCCUUCAUCAACCCAGACUUUGCUCCGUCACCGCUCACCGCUGUUUGAAAACGGCUCCCAGAUCUGCUCCAGCCGCCGUUCCAAGUCUAGCCAGAUGAUCCUGUUAUCCUUCCGAUUGUAGUUUUAUAGCAGAGAAUUUGAACGUGAGAGCUAGCAGCGAGUAUUACACCUCUCAUAACCAAAUUCAGACGUUUACAUGAAAAUGCCAAGACACCUCGAUUUUCGGGCACUCUCUUUGAUGCAUGUCUAUUAACUCACUCAUCACAGAAUGUGUAUCAACACUGCAAACAUAGUCAGAACUAUGGACUGCCAUCUUAGACAUUUUUUUAUAAGACUUAACUUGAUCUAAAGGUACUGUAGUAUGAACGUGAGAAAGAUAAUCUCUAUGCAUGCAGAUAGUUUUUAUAGCACUAGACUAUCCAAGGCAGAUACUUUACUUUCCUUUCCUUUAAGUAAAGUAGUCAUAUGUUGUGCACACGUGUAAUUUACCAGUUAUAUUUCACCAGUCAGGGUUUCAUUCAUGCAGCUACAAUGACCACACAGUAUGUAAAAGCAGGACAUCUCACCAUUUUGAUGCCAAUUCCACCUUAGCACUUUGUAUUGUCCAUUGCAAGUACUCAGCAUCAACAGCACUUAAAUGUUUCUUUCUGACUACCUACAGUAUCUCACUCUGGGUUUUUUUGUGCUCUCUAUUUUGGAUAAAUGACAUGUUGACUAUGAAGCAAAUUGAGCGGGGAGCCAUUUUUAGAUAUUUAUUUAUUUUAUAAGAGAGGCGUCCUGUGGAAGCGCUUAGUCAGACUCCUCUGACCUGGCUCGACCCCAAGGUUUAAUGACUUCAGAUGACCCACUGAGAUGUUUAAACAAUGCAGUUAUCACAAUGUGACAGUUAAGGUGGACCACAGCUCUGCUCCACCCACCCAGGCUCACACUGUGUGGUGUGUAAUGUCACUGGAAGGGAGUCCUCAUUUGACAUUCACAGUUUAUCUGCAUUAUUAUUAUUAUUUUUAAUUCUUGAGCACGCUAUGGAAUAUGGCCUAUCUGCAUUGCAACUACAAAUAUCCUAUUACUCCAAGUAAACAUUACAGUUUUAUCAAUAAAAGCCUCUUUUUAAUGUCUUUCCCAGACGAGAGGCUUGUUAGCUUGCACAGGUACAUAUACUUAUGAUUUUAAUGGUGUAUGCCGUAAAGCUUUUUGCUGUGUAAUGAUGUGCUCACAGUAUUGAUUAGGAGUAAUUAAAAGUGAGGCUCACUGGGACUGUUCAAUACAUGGAAAAAUAACAGCAGUGCUGUCAUUAAGCCCUAUCUGAGCAGAGCAGGUGGCUGCAAACUUGCUGUGCAAAAAUCUCAUCCCCGUGCUCUUAUCUAAUGAACCAGCUGGUCAUUUUACACAUAAAUAUGCUUUAUUUCUUUGAUUCUUUUUUUCAUGUACAGUUUUGCUUUACAUCUGUUUGCCUGUUAUUUUAGAUCCGAUUGAGCCGAAGUCAGAUGUCAGUGCACACAAUCCCUCAGUACGAUAAUUGCAAUAGAUGAUGAUCAAUAGUGCAAUAGAUCAUUGAUAGAUCGUGUAUCUGAUAGGUUUUGUUUUUAUGUGCUGGAAAAAGAAAAUAAAGGUGAUGGGAAAAAAUGAUGAAACAGCACCAGUGAAGUGUCUCUUUCUGUGAUGGCGUGUGAAGCUGCUGACAAACAAACACGCACGGCCUCUCGCUUUGUCUUCACCACGAGCCUGCCUCCCUGUCACGCUCCCUCCACCCCCCCUCCUCCCCGCACUUUCACACAUACUCACGCUCAAAAGUGCAAUCCCUGGCAUGUGAACACACUCACGCACGGAGAAGAUGCUGACCCCUCUGUUCAGUGGGCUACUGUAGCUGUUGAACCAGCAAAAACACCUCUCAGGCAUCUCCCUCCGUGCCCUCCUCCUCUGAAGCAGCCCCCCCCCCGGCCCCUCCAGCAUCACCAUGAUGGGACUAAUAUCCCUGUGGAGAUCUGAGUUAUAACAAGUUGACCUUCACAUUAAAAUCUCAUCAACUUCCCAUCUCCCUGUCUACUUCCCUCCCUUCUCUAUCUGGCCUUCAUCUCUGUUCCCCUCUGUUUGUCUUUUCUGUCAGUUCUGCACUGUAAAUGCUUUACUGCAUCGUUGUACAUCAUUCUUCAAUAAUCACCUGUCCAAAUUUAUUGUGUUGCUUGUAUCUCUUUGAAAUACUCCUGUUGCUGGCUGUUGAUAUGUGUAGCUUGUCUUCUCCUGGCCUCUACAUCAGUAUUAUGAUCUGAUUUACACUUAUACAGUAUUUUCUAUGCUAAUGGUGUUCAGGCAGUGGACAUGUAGGAGUAUAAUUUUGAGUGGACUAUAUCAUAUAAAAGCAUAUUUUAAUGAAAAAAAACCUUCUUGAUCUUUGU